AUGGCAGAAACUGAUAGGCGUAUACACAGACGCGCCCCAUCAAUGCUUGGAUGUCGCUCAGGAUUCGUGCAGAUGGUCAGAGAAAAAAACCCUAGUGUUACUGCUAUCCACUGUGUAAUACACCGUCAAACAUUGGCAGCUAAGAUACUUCCAAAGGAACUCAAUGAUGUCUUGAAAUUGUGCAUCAAAAUCAAGUAUGCUGGCUCCCAAAAGGAAAUAUGCAAGGAAGAUUAUUUGAACUUCGAGACGAAAAAGCCCGGUGUUCAUGUUGCAUUGGCUUAUCUGUCAGAUAUCUUUGAAUCUUUAAACACAUUGAAUUUGAAAUUACAAGGUGGAGAGUCAAACAUAAUUUUUCAUCGGGUUGCCAUCAAAGCAUUUACUGACAGGUUGCAACAAUGGAAAUGUAAAAUUUUAGCCUGCAAUUAUUACUGCUUUCACAGAUUGUUUGGAAUCCUGGAAGAAGCCAGAUUUCACAACGAUUUUAAGGAUACUGAUACUAAGAUUGAAAUAUCGAAACUUAUAGGUUAG